UGGCUUUGGAGGAAGACCUGAAGGGACGGACUGUCAGUGUGGUCGACUUGGGGACUUUCUCUCUAGAUUUAGGGGCUUUUGGAGCUAGUGCUGCUACUUUCAUUGGUAAAGAGGUGGCAACACUGUGCUCAGUUCUUUGGUUCGAUCAUUUUUAAACUCUAGUGUACUCUUGCUGUUUUUUUAGAUUACCAACCCUAGCUUUAACAAAGCAAUAAUGUGUCAGAGCUGUUGGUCUGUUGGCUGUUUUGUUCUUUUUCUGUCCCCUAGUGGCAAAACAUGUAUUAAAGGCACUUUAAAGUACAUAAUGAGGGUUUUAUAACAAGAGAUAACUAUAUGCAUUAGAUUGAGUUGUCACCGGGUUAACCGUCCGACGGGAAGCGUAUGGUGAGAUCUCAUUAGCUGAAGCAGUUCAAGCAUCCCAUGAUGAGAAGAUCUACAUAAUGGGCCAAAUAUCUCUCAACAAUCUGGUUUCUGUGUGAAGUUGCAGCAGCUUAACUAAGUGGAUUUCUUCACAGAGUAAGUUAUAUGAGGACAGAGGUAUAGUUAAAUGACAUAAUAACUUAAGAGUGGUUGAAGAUAAUCCUGCUUUCUCUGUGAUCUCAUCACUUCGGUGUUAAUAGAUGUUACAUAGGGGGUGCUUUCAAGGGAGGGAUCACUGCGCAGGUUUCUAUUAUUGUGACAUCUCUUGAGAUGGCAUGCGUAUCUAGUGCCAGCUUCACUUAGCAGGGCAGGGAGAGCUGGCGGGAGGUUUCAGUCUGAAAGAUGAACGCCGGGAAGGUUCAGUGCAAGCAAGGUGCUACCGAGCUGAGUGAACGAGAGGCAGGGUGUACUACUACGACUGGCUAAUUGUGUUUCAAAUUGGGUCUUUGAGCGCACAAUGGGGAAUGGGAUUGUUCUGAGCUCCCCACUGAAGCACCCAAGGAUGAGAAAGUUGUCAGAUUUGUAGGUCAGGCUGCAGGGGCUGUUGUUAGGCAGACUUGCUCACAGCUCAAGAUGUCUCAGCGGUUUGAUUCUGGGAUCUAUUUGAUGGCGAGUAUUUGUUUUAAGUUUUGCUUUCAGCAGUUCCCCAGUUCCCCUUCUUCAACUUUCAUAUUGUCAUGUUUCUUAUACAGAUGCCUCCUGCGUCUAAAUUCCCCUCAUCUUCUACAGUUGGCUCCUUUUCUUUCUUCUUACAGUGGGCUGCUGCUGUUCAUUUUCUCUGACAUGUUGAGUUAAAAUCUUAAUUGAUUUCUCAGUGUUGGAGGGAAUUGCAGGAGUGUACCCUAGUCCCAUCUGGAGCUUGUCAGAGCCUGACCCGGUUUCGGCGUGCUACGUUGGCGUGUAGCUCCACUGGGACCUGUUCCCUCCUCGUGCUGACAAAGGGAAGAAGGCCACAGCCGGCCCAUCCCGACAUACCCAACACAACCUGAGCCCAACAUCGCCUCACAGUUCCUGCUCCAAAGAACUAAAAGUUGCUUACAGCACAAUUUCUCCCUCCUUCUCUCAUUGUAGGUCACUUGGUCUUCCUUCCUCCAUUUUGGAAAGAGCUUCCGGGGAUAUUUUGCCCUACAAAAAAAUAAUUAUCUUAUCUCCCUAAUUCCCAAUUAUUAUGCACAGGCUUAUUUAAGAAAAAGGAUUAGAUUUUCUCUCUUUUUUUUGUGGUGGCUGCACCAGCGAGCAGGGGAAUGAAUUUGAAUGUGACACUACUCCUCUGCUCUGCUGCAGUGAAGGGGGUCCUACACUUGGAUGAACUGGGGGAGGAGAGAGCACAGCGAGGCUGUCAUGUAAGCCGUCUCCUCUGGGGCCACCUCUCGGUGCGCGCUGCUUCCUGCCUCAGGUAGAAGCCUCAGUGCUUCUGCUGCCAAGGCGUCGGGCUGCUCGCUCUCUUCUCCUCUCCUCUCCUCUCCCUCCCGCUGAGAAGGCUCCACGCUCAAAGCACUGAAAUGGAGAAGAGCUGCUCUGAGUGCUCCGUGCCGACACUUGCACAGAGCCUGUGUACGCUCUGCAACAAGUGGCUGUGUUACCAGUGCACAGAUUUGCAUCAGCAUCAGAGAGCCCCCACCACUUCCCAGUACACAGACAUGCACCAGCAACAGAGGCCCAGUGCCACCCAGUGUCCUGACCUGCACCAGAGAGGCUCCAGCUCCCUGCCUCCGACUGGACAAGGCCCGGGGCCGUAUCCUUGCUCCCUCCUCAUGUGCCACUCUCACAGACAGGAGCCCUUGGAGCUGUUUUGUGAGUCAUGUGACCUUCUGUGCUGUAGCAGCUGUCACCUGUCCUCCCACAAAAACCACAGGGUGGUGCAGAUCGGGAAGGCCCUGCAGGAUCAGCAGUGGCUGUUUGAGAACCUGAUGGUGCAGGUGGACGAGAGGAGAUCUGCAGUGGAGAACAAUGCUAAGCAGAUAGAGGACAGACUCCAUGGUGUAAAGAUUGCACACAGGAAGGCAGAGAACCAGAUUAAAAUGGCAAAGAUGAUUAUGAUGAACGAGCUUAACAAACGAGCCAACCUAUUAAUAGAGCAACUGGAGAAAAUCUCAGAGGACUUCCAGCAGCGUCUGGAGGACCAGCUGCAGGGGGCAAUAGAGAUCUGUGGCCAGCUGGACCACGUUCAGAAGUUCAUCACCUGGGCCACGACCCACCACUGCAGAGGCCCGGUGCUCUUCAGCAGGGCUCUGAUUUCUCUCCAGAUGCAGCAGCUGCUGGAGUCGUCACUCCACUCGGACUCCUGGAGUCCCGUCAGGAUCAAAUUCAACUGGGAUGCUAGUUACUGGACGAAGCAGAUUUCCACUUUAGGCCAGCUGACCGUUGAAGGGGGAAACUGCUCUUACCCUCCGGGCUUGGCCUGCUCCAAUAUCCUGAGGCCUCAGCCCAUCGCCUGCUUGGCUCUGCCGUCCGUGUGUCACAGAGGACGAGAACCAGGCUGUGGGUACCAGAGCUGCUGCGAGCAGCCCCAGAUGUGUUGCCUCCAUGGCAUUCCCUCUCAGCCAGAUCUGUCCAGUCUGGAGAAAAGCCAACUGGAAGCCACACUUUAUAACUCCAGCUGUGUUCAGUCUGCCCUUAUCUCGGCCUCCUUGCACCAGAGCCAGCAGCUCCAGAGGUGCUGGGACCCAGACAGCUCAUCGCAAUGUCCUCCCCCUUCAACAUCUGUCCCAAUCAUGGGACCCAUCCAGCUCAACUGCAGUCGAGGAUCUACGUCCCAGCCACAAGCUGCUGCCUCUCAGCCACAGUCUCAAACUAAGUCUCAUCUCUAUCACCAACGUCAGAGAGAAGUUCGUCUAGACAGCCAGGCUCAGCCAAGUGCAGGCCAUAGCAGGCGAGGCCAACAUCAGAGGAAGCUGUCGACCGGCAGGGCUCUGCAGCAGGACCUCAGCCACACAGACAGAGAUGUGAUGACUGAAGAGAGCUGGGAGGAGAGGUGCAGAGUGGAGGAGGCUCGUGGACAAAUGGCAGUGGUUGAAAGCAGAGAGCAGCAGCUGGAUGUGGAUCUGCAGCAGGACAGGAGGGAGUCGAGUCCUGUCCAACAUGUUCCUCCGCCGGCAGCAGAGCUGAGAAAAGAGCUGCAGAGAAACAGACCUGCACUGAUGCUCAGAGACCACAGAGAUGGCAGGAGAUCCACGUCCCUGGAGGUGUCGGUGACAGCCCACGAGUGUGUAUCUGAUGUGCAGAGCAGCAGGCUCAGCCCUGGUUUAGUGUGCACGAGGAGGGAGAGACGCUCGCAGAGCAUCCCGGCAGAACUGGCAGCCCCAUCCACCAGCCCUUACACUGAAAGGCCCACAGGAUACACUCACGGCCUACAGGCAGGAGCUGCAACUAAGUAUGUCAGUGUGGAUCCCAAACAGAGGAGAGCUUCAGAUGGGGUGCUUUGUGUUGUCAAGGAAACUUCGUCUAACACGACGCCCUCCAGAGGCUACCGGUCUCCUCUACUGUCAUAUAAGACAGAGCCAGAUCAUUCUUUUACUUGUGUAAAUGAAGAGGCUGAUUAUGAGGCCAAUGGGAAAUGCAGGGUGUCAAGAAACGACCACAACAGUAACAGAGAUGUUCAGAAGGACUCAGUGAGGCCCAGGGUACCGGUGGUUUGCUUGGAGCGCCUCAAAAUACUUGUGUCUCAACUCCCCCCACAUGGACGACGGCAGAGCGACCCAUUACCUGCCAGCGGGAUGGAGAAGAGCAACCCGCAGCAGAGAGCCUGGCAUGAUGCAACGCCUGAAGGGAUAGCCGAAGGCUCUGAGACCAGGAGGACCACCCGCUCUCUCAUAGCGCCGCCAUAUGCAGAGCAACAGAACCGUAAUCAGUCUACCGCACACUCCAGUGAGUUUGACAGCCGAGGGAGAAUCAGCUCUCAUAAAGUAUCCACCACUCCAUCCACCACUCCGUCCGCUGACCCUAAAUAUGUGCCACAGAGUUGCUCUGCACUGGAUCUGGACUCUGACUCUGAUCCCAUAUCAGUCUCGGAGGACGCUGUUGUUUCUCGGGCUGAUCCAGACCCACAGCUGGACUCGGAUGCAUCACCAGAUUCUGACCUAAAUGCAGAGUCUUCAUCUGAGGCUGAACUUGAAUGUCUGGCUGAGGAGGCAUCAGUGGCUGCAGGAGAGAUGGGGCUCUGCGGUGAAACUGAUAUCGCAGGGGAUUCAGAGCCAAGUCUUGAAUAUGAGGCAGACCCAGAAUCAGAUGCAGGAGCGGGAUCGGAGGAUGGACAAGGGCUGGACGCUGAUGCAGAAUCAGGCGAUGCUGAAACCGAGUCAGACGUCCAGCCAGACUAUGAUCUCAGUCUUCAGGCAGAGACCGACUCUGACGUUGUGUCCGAUCAGCCUCCAGACUCUCAGGGCUCUGUGGAGUCUGAGCUCGACGUGGAAUCUGAACUUGAACUCACAACUGACGACCCGCAACCGCUGCGCUCUGACCUGGAAGAGGAGUCCAACGUAGGUGAUGCUCAGAUGCCGCUUCUGAUUGCAAACCCUGUUGCUCAAAGAGCUACAGAGGAAGUCCAGCCGGACCAGGACGACGCCGAGAUGGAGAGUGAGGACUUCUGUGCCGUGUGUCUAAUUGGAGGGGAACUGCUGUGCUGUGACCGCUGUCCAAAAGUUUUUCAUCUGUCUUGCCACAUCCCGUCUCUGCUAAGCUUCCCCUCAGGCGACUGGGUGUGCAGCCUGUGCAGAGACGCCGUGCAGCCAGAGGUUGAGUAUGACUGUGAGAAUGUGAGAACAUCUGGAGAACACACAUCAGCCCACGGACUGCCUGCGUGUGAUCAGAGAAAAUGUGAGCGGCUGACUCUUCUGAUCCUCAGUAACGUCCUGAGUGCUCCCUUCCACGAGCCCGUCAGUCCACUUGCUCGUCAUUACUACCAGAUCAUUAAGAGGCCCAUGGACCUGGCUGUGAUCAGGGCCAAACUCAACAAGAGGAACACUCGACAUUAUAACUCACCAGAACAGUUUGCUGCUGAUGUUUAUCUCAUGUUCCACAAUUGUGCAAAGUUCAAUUAUCCCGACUCCGAGGUGGCCCAAGCAGGCCGCAGCCUCGAGGCGUUCUUCACCUCCAAGCUGAAAGAAGUUUUCCCGGACAGAGUUUUCCUCGCGGCGGAGGCGGACUCUGACAGCGAUGAGUACGACGAGGCCUACAGGACCGCUGAGAGUGGUUUCCCCUGGCCUGAGAGGAGGGAGCAGUGCCACAGGAAAAGGAAGAGGAGACACUCUCUCAAGUCGAGGAGGCAACACUUCUAACGCUGUACACACAUAUGCUGUAUUUGUGGGUAAUUAUACUGUUUUUAUUUAGCGGUCUGGGGCUGUAACAGUAUUUCCAUUCUGUAAGCUAUUUUGCUGUUUUCAAUAAUAUCACAGUGCUGCCAUCCGAUGGCAGCUGAACAUACUGAAACAAUACUUCAGAUAUUUGAAGUACUAACUAAUGCCGGAGCAAUUAUUAUCCCUGCACACUUCAACUGAUCAGAGAAGUAGAAAGUGUAGAAAACGAAUAUAAAAAGUUUCAGUUAGAUACUAUAUGUGACACAUUUGGAACCACAUCUCUUUGGAGAAAAAUGACGAAUCAAACAGAUUCUGCAACUUUAAAACAACUUUUAUUAGAGAAAUGAGGCUGUAAUUGUGACUGUAUCAUAUCAUAUUUUGCCAUUGAUAAUUUGCUCCUGAUGCGCUGGAAAUCAGAUUUAUUACUUACAUUCAGACCUCCUAAAAUCACAUAUCUGAUGCUAUAUUGUACAAAGAGGAUGCUGUAGUUGGAUGUUUUAUUAAUCUCAAUUUGCAUCUUUAUUAAGUGUAUUUUUUAGGUGAACAUAGCUCUGAUCAUACACAGCACUUUGAAACUUUGAUAUGGGUAAAAACUGUAUUUAUCAUAUUCGUAAACGCUCAACAUAUUUAUACAUGUGUAACUGUAUAGAACUUUAUUUUACUAUAUUUGUCCUUUUAAUUACUAAAUGAUUGCAGGCAAUUAUCAUAGGUUUGAUUAUUGAUAUAAUUAUGUGUCUCAGUAGCUUUUUUUGAAAAGCAGCAGUGAAUCUUAUUGACUUUGUCUUUUUGAUGAUACAGAGUGAUUGAAGGCGCUAUUAUAACCGGUGUUAGAGCUCAACAUGUAUUUUCAUGUUUAUUAGAGGAUUUAAUAUCCAGAUGAAACGAUCCAAGAAAAUUUGACAUUUAACCAUAAAUUAAGUUUGUGCAUACAUUAUGUAAGCUUUCUGUUCCACCCGUGUUUCAGCAUAAUGUCGUACUCCUCUAUUAUAAAUAUCUCAGGCUUAAUAAGAGUGUUAGGUAUCGAUAUCAUUCAGUAUUGAUGAUUAUUUGUAGAGCCACACUGUUGAGAGGAAAUAAGACGUUUUAUAAUACCUGCUGUUGUUGAGCAUUUCCUGUCUUUAAAUAUUAUUUACUUGCUUCCUGCAGCUUAAGAUAGAUUUUACUUGACAUUAAGAGUAAUUACUGCAUCAAUUAUUGUCUGUGCACUCCUUGAUUAUUCGUCAAGAGUAGUGAAUAUACAGUAUAUGUAAUGUUACUUCUUUUGAAAUCAAUAAAUGUAAUAAUAUUUCCUAUUGUAUGAGGGAAGACUGAUAAACUAUAGUUACUGUCCCUAUUUCAGGAGAACAGUCUGGUUCAUUUCUCUCUUCUUUUUUUUUUACUGUAACAGUCAAUGAUAAAUGCACAUUUAUUAGUAUCAAUAAAAUGCAUUCAAGAGAAAA